AUGCGGGUUUAUCCCACGUUUCACGUUUCCAAGGUCAAACCGGUCCGAGAAAGCGCCCUGGUCCCUGCCGCGCCGCCUCCACCGCCUCCUCGCCUCAUCGAUGGAGGUCCCUCCUACACUGUCCGUCGCAUCCUGCAGUCUCGUCGGCGUGGGAGGGGAUUCCAGUACUUGGUGGACUGGGAGGGUUACGGUCCUGAAGAAAGGUCCUGGGUCCCCGGGAGGAACAUCGUGGACCACACCCUCAUCAGGGACUUCCAUCGACGCAACCUCAUCCAGACGAGGACAGGGCGGGCCCCCCUACUCUGA